UUUCCUGCUUUCAAAAUGAAAAUAGAAUCAGUGACGGGAACCACAUGUUUACAUCCGGGGCAUCAAAAUGGCGGCGAGAGAUCCGAAAGGUCGUUUUGCUGGCCAGAAAAAGCCAUGAUAGAUAGCAUUGGUGGUUCCGGGAAGGUUAACAACAUGCUCUCCACUCUAAACAUAGCCCCGAUUAAUAAGAGGAAUCUGCAAGAUAUGGAACGACGUGCAGGAAGAUUUGUAGAGUCUGUUGCCCAACAAUCUAUUGACACAGCAGCCCAAGAAACCUUUCAGAAAGAAAUGAGUGAAAUUUCCCAAGAGGAGUCCAAAGUUGCUGCAGCCAGCAUGGAGUGUUUAAUAGAAGAUCUGGGUAUUGCAGCAUUACCAGAUACAUCACCAGCAACUAAGUCCAUCUUACAAAGCUCAUUAGUAACAGCAAGUAUGCCAAGUAAUGUGACAGAUAGUGUUGACACCCCAUCUCCCUCACCACGGAGACACAGAAGAAAGUGUAGACCGUUUGGCCAUGGUAGGAGUACGACCAUCCGAAAAAAUCUUCUGUCCAAGUACAAGGCCAAGAGUCGAUAUGGUAUGUCUUGCUCUGCUGAUACUGCUUGGCAGAAACGUGGAUUUGACAGUCUAACGUCUCAUACAUUCUUUAUGAGUUCUUCAAAGAUGGGGAAGAAGAUUGUAAAGAGCGUCAUCAGCCACCGGCAGUGCACAACCUGCAACUGGUGGAGACGUCACCGACCCGGCCAGCCACUACGGCAACAUCGCUGUGUACGGAACCACUCGGGUAGUGCCCGUUCUAUGGAGAGUGAAAGUGGAGAGAAAGCUAUACUGGAUCUAGCUAAAGCAGGUACCCCGGUGGAAAUCCUUGAAGGUGAUGGUGACAACACUUUAUUGGCCAGACUGAAAAGCAAGCAUGGAAUCAGUCUGAAAAAGAAAUAUGACAAAAACCAUGUGAUCAAAAACUUAGGCAAAAGCUUGUAUGGUUUACAAAAUGAGAAGGGAAUCAAAAUAAGCAAGAUAUCAAUAAGUCAUAUCCAAAAGUGUGUCUCAUAUGCCCUUUCAAAGAAUAGCGGGGACUUACAUGGAUUACAAGAGAAUCUGAGAGCAAUUAUUCCUCAUAACUUCGGUGAUCAUCAGUUAUGUCAGCCAAGGUUUUGUGGUUAUCUAAGGAAUAAAGAUGUAUCCUAUGUUCACCGUUCACUACCCUACAAAUCUAGUUUGACUGGUGAGACAUUGAGAAAACGGCUAGAGGACAUUAUGACACCUUUCAUUGCCAAAGCGAGCCAGCUCAUUGAAUUGGGAUCCAGUCAGCAGUGUGAGCACGCCAACCGUGAGGUAUCGCUCAAAGCUCCAAAGAACAUCUACUAUGGCGGGACUGAGGCUUUAGACUUCAGAGUACAGGCCACAGCAGCUUUUAUCAAUGAAGGCAGGAACUAUAUAGUAGAGUUACUACGUUUUGCAGUUGAUAGUUACAUUGUUUGGUUGUCUUCUACAGUUACAAGUAAACAAAAGUGCUGAUCUGUCCCCUGGACACCACACACAAGAGUAUGCAAAGCAGUGUGCCAGCAAACGCAAAAAAUGUCAAGAAACGUUCUGUAAGCCUUCUGCAAAAGGAAGACGUUUAUUCCUGAAGAAAGAGCGUGCUGUCAACCAGUCGGCUACAGAGUCACUGGAAGGCAUGAC